AUGAGUAGCAUCAUCAAGACCAUCUUUCAUAACGGAUCUGGAGGCGAGGAAGGCUCAUCCUCAAAUAAUAAUAAUAAUCAGGAUGAUCUUCAUAACCGAUUGGUUGCUGGAGUGAAUGAGCAGCCAAAGGCUUUUGCCACGAAGGACAAAGUUGUUCCAGUGAGUAAAGACUCGUUUGAUUCCGACAGUCACUUUUAUCCAAAAACAAUCAACGCCCAAGUGAGUGAAAUUGUGAGCGAUUUUAUGAUGUUAGGAAAUUCAAGAAUUUUAAAGCGUUAUCUUCAUUUGAACCCUCAAGUUGAUGAAAAACAUCUCACUGAACUCCUUUCCUACAAACCCAAAUUCUUUCACUGGUCCGGAGCUGAUUUAUUCAAUGUCACCAAUUCUCAAGGUUUGAGAAAGAUGGUCCUCAUUGAAACUAACAGUUGUCCAAGUGGACAAAAAUCUAUGCCAGUGCUCAAUAUGCAUGACGAUCAUGGUGGUUACAGAACUCUUAUUGAAAAAACUUUUAAACCCAUGUUGGAAGAACACGAAAAACAACUCGGAAGCAAUACAGUUCCCAAUGGAAAAUUAGCUGUCAUUUAUGAUAAGAAUAAGAUGGAAACUAGUGGCUAUGCUGCAACAAUGGCCGAUGUUUUCGGAGAGACUGUUUAUUUGGUGGAAUACCUUGCAAGCGACAAGGAUCCACCAGUUCGUUUUGUAGACAAUGGUCAAAUUUUGCAAAUUCGUGACAAGGACAACAACUGGAUCAAUAUCCGUGGAUGUUUCCGUUAUGUCACACAACGACCAUGGGACAGACUACCCGUUUCUAAAAUUCGUACCAUGAUCAUGAACCCAGUGAUUUGUUGUCUGGCAGGAGGACGAAACAAAUUAUUGGCUGCUAAGGCAUACGACUUUUUGAACAGUCAAUACAAUGGUUAUGGAAUUCGUCUCAAUACUCCAAGAACAAUCAGAGACGUCGAAAAGAAAAUUGUUCCCAUUUGGGUUGAAUCUUUUGGUGGAUAUGCAGUGGUUAAGAAUCCUUAUUCUAAUGGCGGCCAAGGUGUGUGGACAAUAACUUCACCACAAGAAUUGGAAGAGUUUAUGAAAACUGAAGAUCGUUAUGACCAAUUUAUUGUGCAAUCUUUAAUUGGAAAUUCGAAAUGGUCUUCACACACACAUCAAGGACAAUUGUAUCAUGUUGGAACAGUACCCGACUCAAAGAGAAAUAUUUAUGUGGCUGAUUUAAGAAUGAUGAUCAUGUAUGAUUUUGCAAAAGGAGGAUUUUCACCUGUUGCUCUGUAUGCAAGAAAAGCAAAGAGCCCACUAACUGACGACAUUGAAGGAAAAGACUCGUGGGACAUGUUGGGUACCAAUUUAUCGAUCAAGCUUGGACAAGAUAAAUGGGACACUGAUCAAAAAAGAUUAAUCAUUUGUGACAGAAAAGACUUUUCCAAGUUGGGUCUGGGUGUCGACAAUUUGAUUGAUGCUUUCAUUCAGACAGUUUUAGCUACAGUUGCAAUUGAUAAGCUCGCAACCAGAUUGAUCACUGAAAACCAACGAUUCGACAGAGAUUUAUUCUUUAGUUUGAACCGUGAUGACGCCCUUCUACAUGAAAUUUGUCGAAUCGGCGAUGAAGGCGAAGAAAAAGGAGUAGAUGACUUGGAGAAGACCAAAUUCACAGCUGCCCUUAAUUUUAACGAAUAA